AUGCAAUCUUCAAAGAUGCUGCUCUUGUCCACACCAAUCACCACGUUCCCGCCGCAUCUACGGCGCCCCGGCAAUUUUUACGGCUAUCAAUGCCGGCGAAUUGGGCAAUCCAUGCCGCUUCGAGUACAAUCAAUGGCAAAGGAUGAAGCAGACAGCGGCAACGGAAUCGUCGAAAAAGCAGCCAUCGCCGCCGGAUUAAUAUCGACGCCGGUAAUCGGAUGGUCUCUUUACACUCUGAAGACAACCGGCUGCGGCCUCCCUCCCGGGCCGGGCGGAUCCAUUGGUGCGCUGGAAGGAGUGAGCUAUCUUGCUGUGGUGGGGAUUGUGGGUUGGUCAGCAUACACCAAGGCCAAAACGGGUUCGGGCCUUCCCAAUGGGCCAUUUGGGUUGCUGGGAGCCGUUGAAGGGUUAUCCUACUUGUCCCUUGUCGCCAUUGUUGUGGUUUUCGGGCUGCAAUUUGCUCAACAGGGAUCCCUUCCUGGUCCUCUUCCAUCUGAUCAAUGCUUCGGCUGA